AUGUCUAAAAUCUCUGAGGUUAUUGCUGAGGUGGACGCCACUUUGGCUAGGCAAGCAGAGGAGCAAAAGCGACUCUGCGAGCUCGACUGCUUUGUGCUGGACAACUCCCUGCGAGAGAGCACUGUCGGGGCGUUGCGGGGACACACGCUGGAAAACAAGUGGAAGAUCUACGAGGAAGUAAAGCGAUGCGGAUUCAAAAACGUUAUAGUGGCCGCCUUCUCCCACAAUACUCGGGUAGACGACCAUUUCGUUCGGCAACUAGCGGAAACUGGCGAGAACAUGAGCACAUUUUUCGCGUUCUCCGAGGGAUGGGGAAGCAUUUCGAAUGGUGAGCCAGACUUAGUUACUCUACCUGUAGGUCUUGACAAAAUGAAGACUCUACAGCUUCAAAACCCGAUAUUCGAAAUUGACCUGGGCGACAGCCGCAUCGACUGGAAGAAGUUUACUGUUGAGCGAGUCAAUAAUCUUCUCCAGGAAAGGAUCAAGUGGGUAAAGGAAAAUCUAGCAGUUGAUGGCAAAGUACUUAUCAAUUACCGAGAUUUUUCCAUCGCUAUGUUGGAUCCUACGACCACGCACCGUAUUCUGUCCGUUACCGAGUUUCUCGCACGUCUCCCAGCAGAUAUGCGCCCGUUCGGACUCAUUUUCGAAGAACCGACCGGCAAAAACUUUCCAGCCCAACUAGGCGCGUGGACCGCUGCGGUGCGAAAAGUCAUGAACGUCAAUGACUGGAGCACGGGAAAACUGUUGGUCCACGUCCACGAGAAGUGGGGUCUGGCGGAGGCCGCACAACUCGCGUGCCUCGGAAACGGUGCGAACGGAGUUUGGGCAGGCUUGUGCGCGGAAGGCGCAGCGCUAGGACACGCGUGCUCGUCCGUGUCGCUGUUGAAUCUGAUCCGCCUUGGCAACAAAAAAGUCCUCGAGCGUUACAACUGCGCGGAGCUAAGACGAGCCGCCAUGAGGGUGACGGAAAUAACGAGUGGCAAGCCUCCCCAUCCCAAACAACCUGUUUACGGUGAGCGAGCGUUGGACAUGGCGUUCGACUUUGGUGGAAUUUCCGGUGGGCAUGUCGGUAAAUCUGACUUCGAUUUAGCAACGUUUUUCGGAGAGGAGCCCCCGCAGAGAAUCAGCACAUUAGCAUCUGCCCACAUGAUUCAUGAACGACUGACGAACCUGUUUGGUGACCUCGACAUUUUCACUCUUUCCAUAGCUGAAGAGAUGAAGAAGGUGAUGAUUGACGACUUAACCCAUAACCGCAAAGAAGAAUACAUGAGCACGAUGGGUCUGGCAGUGCUGUUUGAUCGAGCAGGUGGCUCUCUGACCGAGUCUAUGCGAGACGUGAUCGAGGAAGUGGAAGUCGAAGAUGCCCACCAUCAGCACCUUCUCCGCAAAGUGAGGGAGAUGUGGGACACGUGGGAUCUGCGGGAAUCAGUCGAGCUAAUCGGAGACGAAUGCCUUGAGUUUGAUUCGUUCUACAAUGGCUUCAUGGCUCCCUACUUUGGUUGCUUUCGAUGCGACGAUACAAGGAAGGGGCUUAUGGCAAUAGACAUGGACAGCGAUGGGCGUGUGGACUGGAGCGAGUUUUCCCUCUACCUCAAGUGGGCUCUCCACCAGUAUCCCAACAUCAAGGAUGUGGACGAACUGCUUUCCGUCACAUUUCGCAAGGGAAUAAUACCUGCCAUGCGUGAUGAACUGCUAACCAAGUAGCUAACUUGCACACCUGGAAUUUUAACACAAGCCAAGAGACAAUAAUUACGUACAUAUGAACAUUGCUGCAUUGCUGAGCAUGUUACUAUAUAUGGCUAGGCUAUAGUUGAUGU